AUGGGUUCCCAGGUUCGUGGUCUGGAGAGAACAGAAGCCGAGACCAGGCCGGAGUGCCUAUCAUCAAUCAAUAUGGGGUCCCAGGUGCGCGGUCUCAACUUGAAGAGGAUGGAGGCGUGGAAGCUCAAGAUGAAGAAGGGCAAGGACAAGGUGCGUAUCCUCAAGAAGAAAAAGGCCGGGAGCGGGAACGAAGCCGUGCAGGCUCGCCUGCAUGGUGUCCCAGGUGCGUGGUCUCAGUCGAAGAAGGCGGAGGCAGGGACGAGGCCGGCGCAAUAUGGGGUUCCAGGCGCGUGGUCUCAGCCCGAAGAAGGCGGAGGCGGGGACGAGGCGGGGACGAGGCCGGAGCGCUUAUCCUCGACCAACGUGGAGUCCCAGGUACGCGAUCUCGGCCCGACGAAGGUGAAGGUGGGGUUCUUGAAGCCAGAAGAAGGCGAGCUUCAAGAGGAGGCGACAACAAGCUCGAAGGACUUACUCUCAGAAUACGUUCUCGGCGCGUGGUCUCAACCUGAAGAAGACAGAGGCGGCGACAAGGUGCGCGGUCUCAACUUGAAGAGGAUGGAGGCGGGAACCAGGCCGGAGCACUUCUCCUCAACCAAUAUCGGGUCCGAGGUGCGUGGUCUCAACUCGAACAGGAAGCUCAAGCUGAAGAAGACAGAGGUGUGGAAGUUCAAGCUGAAGAAGACACAGGCGUGGAAGCUCAAGCUGAAGAAGGGCAAGGACAAGGCCGGGUGCGUCAAGAAGAAAAAGGCCGGGAGCGGGAACGAAGCCGUGCAGGCUCGCCUGCAUGGUGUCCCAGGUGCGUGGUCUCAGUCGAAGAAGGCGGAGGCAGGGACGAGGCCGGCGCAAUAUGGGGUUCCAGGCGCGUGGUCUCAGCCCGAAGAAGGCGGAGGCGGGGACGAGGCCGGAGCUGGGGUCCCAGGUGCGAAAGCGGAGGCGGGGACGAGGCCGGAGCGCUUAUCCUCGACCAACGUGGAGUCCCAGGUACGCGAUCUCGGCCCGAAGAAGGUGAAGGUGGGGUGCUUGAAGCCAGAAGAAGGCGAGCUUCAAGAGGAGGCGACAACAGGCUCGAAGGACUUACUCUCAGAAUACGUUCUCGGCGCGUGGUCUCAACCUGAAGAAGACGGAGGCGGCGACAAGGCCGGAUCGCCUAUCCUCAACUGUCAUGGGUUCCCAGGUUCGUGGUCUGGAGAGAACAGAAGCCGAGACCAGGCCGGAGUGCCUAUCCUCAAGCAAUAUGGGGUCCCAGGUGCGCGGUCUCAACUUGAAGAGGAUGGAGGCGGGAACCAGGCCGGAGCACUUGUCCUCAACCAAUAUCGGGUCCGAGGUGCGUGGUCUCAACUCGAACAGGACGGAGGCGAGGAGAGGCCGGAGUACCUAUGCAAGGACAAGGCUGGGAGGGCCCAUCCUCAACCAACAUGGGGUUCCGAGGUGCGGAAGUUCAAGCUGAAGAAGACACAGGUGUGGAAGUUCAAGCUGAAGAAGACAGAGGCGUGGAAGCUCAAGCUGAAGAAGGGCAAGGACAAGGCGUGGAAGCUCAAGCUGAAGGAGACGGAGGCGUGGAAGCUCAAGCUGAAGAAGGGCAAGAACAAGGCGUGGAAGCUCAAGCUGAAGGAGACGGAGGCGUGGAAGCUCAAGCUGAAGAAGGGCAAGAACAAGGUGUGGAAGCUCAAGCCGAAGAAGACAGAGGCAAGGACCAGACCGGGCGUGAAGCUCAAGCGGAAGAAGACAGAGGCGUGGACGCUCGAGCGGAAGAAGACAGAGGCGUGGACGCUCAAGCGGAAGAAGACAGAGGCAAGGAGGAGGCCGGGCGUGGACGCUCAAGCCGAAGAAGACGGGGGCAAGGACCAGGCCAGGGCGUUUAUCCUCAACCAAUAUGGGGUUCCAGGCACGUGGGCUCAACCCGUGCAUGGUCUCAACCUGAGAAGAACACGGAGGCGGGGAUCAGGUGUGACGUCUCGCAGCCCGAAGAAACUGGAGGCGGGGACGAGGCGGGAACUACGGGGUCCCAAUCCGGAGAAGGCGAAGGCGGGGAAGAG